AUGUGUCCCAUGAUAGAGCUCCUCAGGGGACGCUACUGACAAGAUUACGUGUGCCGUGCGUGAAAGGGUUUAUUUCGACAGGAGAAGAGUGGAAUUGUUUAGGGCAUGGACUUAACGUCUCCGUUUAAAUGUAAUAAAUAUGAAUCGAAACGAAGUAUUUGAAGACUUGUUGGUUGAUACACUUUAAUGAUGACAUAUCAGGCACGUCAACUCAGUUUGCACAUGGCAUUGGACAAUAAUGAAGUUGCUGAAUAGCGACGCACUUGCAUUGUUUGAGAAAUUUCUGAAGAACGUCAGUUAGUAGCCUAUAGUGGAGAAGCAGAAAGGUUUUUUUUACAUUUAAUUUUAGACGAAUACAUUUCUCUCGCCUGACGGAUGCGUGCGUAGGCCUACACAAAUAUUUAUGGAAUUGAGCAGAGAACAUUCGAAUUUCGGAGGAUUAUCUUGAUAGACAACCUUCAUCAUGAUGAAUCGGGCUUUCUGGGAUGCGAUAUUUCUCAUUACUGGUUCGCUCUUUACAUAUGGAACAGGCCAGGAUAAUUCCACUAUUGCUACUAAUUCUACAAUGACCACCACACCUCCCGUAACUACCACCACUACCACUGUAAAUGUUACUACCUCUUCUACUACCACCACCAGUAUCACCACUACAACCACCAUUCCAGUGAAAAAGUUUGUUGCAGCAGCUGUUCGAUCCCACUUCGAUGACUGUCCUGACUCCCACAGCCACUUCUGUUUCCAUGGCACCUGUCGUUUCUUGAUUCUGGAGGAGACACCCGCAUGUGUGUGUCACCAAGGCUUCGUAGGGAUGCGAUGUGAGCAUGCUGACCUGCUAGCUGUGGUAGCCACCAAUCACAGGCAACAGACAGUUGCCACGGUGCUAGUUCUGUGUGUGAUUGGUUGCGUCUUGACGAUGCUGCUCUGCACCCUUUUACAUUGCUGGUGGAGGCGGGACGGUUUGGGGCGGAGGCACAGACUCCACUGUGCCCCAGAGAAACAAGGCAGUAUGCUGAAGGGCCGAGGGUCCUGCUGUCACUCUGAAAGUGUGGUGUAAGAGAAGAACUCCUGCUUGGAACGCCAGGGAUUUUCAUGAUGGGCUGCCUUCUCUCUUCCUCUGUCUAUUCAAUCCUAAAGACUGCUGGGACAUAUGGAUCAUACCUAAGAUGGGCAUCAGACACCUGGCUAAUAACAUCCUCAUAAGACUGAGAGGGAGUAGAGACCCCCUCUAUCUCUAUUACCAGACCAAGGGAGGCCCAUUUGAUGUGAGAGUUUCAUGUCCUUUCAGAACCUCCGCACACUUGGAAUACUGUGAUCUCACUACUGUUUUAAUGCAUGGAGGAGAAGAGAUGGGAACUGACCGGUCAGAAAUACCAAAUUCUCCAGGAACAACUCUCUGGAACUGGACUCCUGAACAGAUACCCUCUAAAUUGUGAGCGCUUAGUGUGACAUCAUCACUGUAAAGAUGAUGAAGUCAAGGACAUGACCAGGAACAUGCUGGACAUAAGAGAAAUACUUUUGACAACUUGGUGUCCUGUGGGGUUUUUGGCGCAUGAAAGCAACUAUUUCAGAUUUCGAUUUGAGGUAUAACUUUGUUUUAUUCACUCAAACUCAGAGGAACUCAAAAUUCUUCAAUUUUUGUCUUUUAAGAAGCUAAACACAAGCUAAAAACACAAUGAACAAUUGUUUCAUCAAAACUUAAAGCGCACAGAGAUUUAGGUGGGGCAAGAACAUUUUAGUUUCUGUUUUAAGCAAGGGAUAUUGACAUACCUCACCUGACAAAAAUGGGAGAUUGCUACUGGGACUCUUUAACCCCACUGUGGAUUAAGGACCAAUGGUGGGACUUGGACAUAGAUAUGGGAGAAAUUAAAUGCAUGCAAAAAAGUAGAUAUAAGAGGACUGUAUAGUUUCCAAAAACAUUGCCAACCUAUAGUCCCUUAUUAACUUAUCUCCCACCAUGUAUCAUUAUUCCUGAUAUGCCCCUCUUUCUAUGAGUGUGCACAUUGCAUUGUACCUCAGAUAUUGUAGUGUUGUUUGUUUCUUUCCAUUCCUGAACAAAACAUGCAUUACAUUUUCCUCUGCCUCAGAGGUUUGAGUGAGUGAUGCACAUACAAACAGACGUUGUGUUCUAGCACUUGUUUUAUGCACAUAUGUUACUGGGAGCAUUGUAUGCAUGAGAUUCUUAUCAUGACCUAUUCUAGAUGUACACUUCAUUGUAUAGUAAUGUUUUCUUGUGGUACACGUCAUAGCAAGCUUGCUCACGAUUGCAUAGCACACUUCUGCACUUAGGUUUCUGUUACUUCACAUGUGAGAGAUGCCAAAUGCACCUGAAGAUCUUACAUGUCUGAUAGAGCACAGAAAGACUCAUGCGACAAGCGUCAGUUCUGGGUAAUAACACUGUAACAGAAUGAUUGAGACUCAGAUAUUUCACAUUAAAAUAUAUGUAAAGUAAAAAACAAUCAUUGCAAAGUUAAACAAACCAUGCAGUUAUAUGCACAGAUCUACUUUGAACAAUGUUACAAAAACAUAUUUAAUUGAAGGACAGUGCAGAUGCAAAGUUUGGUAACAGAAGGAUAGUUUGUGCUGUUUGUGCCAUCAUUCUUUUACCAAACUUUGUAUCUGCACUGUUCUUCAAUGUAUUUAUUUGUAUGUCAAAGUAGUCCUUGUGCAUAGUUGUAUGGUUUAACUUUGCAAACAGUUUUUUGUUUGACAUACAUUUAAAGUGAAACCUCUGUCCCAGCAUCACUGUUACCAUGGAAUUGCCCUUCUAUAGGGUGCAUCCAGCCCUGUUUCUAUUUAUGAAACAUAUUAGACAGCACAGCGUUUGUAUUUAUUGCACACCACAAAUAUGCACAAAACACAGCUUUUAGCUGGAAUGACUUGUUUAUUAACUGGAAAUUGUGCAACACUUUUUAUAGAGCAUAAUUUUUAGAAGCUGUUAAAACCACACUUUACAGAUAUGGUACAAUAGAUGUCUGAAUAAGAAAAUAUGGUGGAAGUAGAGCGCUGAAGCGUAUGAAUGGCAAUUUUUGUACAGUAUUGGACAAAUGAAUUGCUGAAAAACAAAUACUUGGGGAAAAGAAAGUUGUAUGGAGACCUGCUUUAUAUUUAUUUAUACAUGUAUAUAUUUAAUUCAGACAUUUUGUCUAUGAUUAUUAUACCAUAAGCCUACCAUUUGGUGGAAAUGGAAAGCAGCCUAAAACCAAAUUUUGAAGUAAAUAAAUGUUUGGAGCUUUCAAGUGUAUUAAAAAUUUGCAAAAGAUGGUGAAAGAGAAUUGAAGUAGGAGGGGUAAGCAUGGAAAACACACCUACUGAACAAUGUAAAGUUGUAAACUAUACAAAUGAAAUAUAAUCUGUGUACUCUCAUGUUUUCAUUUGAAGAGAAUAAGGAUCAUGGACUAUACAGUAUUAACUUCAGACUUGACCUUGUCAAUGAUUAACCUCUUGGAUGUUCAUCAACAGUACAACUGUACUGGAUAUUUUCGUUGGAACUAACCAGUUGUAUGAUGAUGUAAUGUCCUUGACUUAUGUUUUUUUUCUUUUUCAAUGAAGACUGAAAUUUGUGAAGGU